AUGUUUCCUUUUUGCGCAAAUCUCUUUAGAAACAACACUGAACUGACGUUCAUUAAGAGAUCUAUGGCCGACCACUCAGUGGGUGUUUUAGUCAGUUGUAAUUCAUAUCUAUCUAUCUAUCUAUCUAUCUAUCUAUCUAUCUAUCAGUCAAUUCAUAUCUAUCUAUCUAUCUGUCAAUUUUUAUCUAUCAGUCAAUCUAUCUAUCUAUCUACCUAUCUAUCUAUCUAUCUAUUAGUCAAUUCACUAUCUAUCUAUCUAUCUAUCAGUCAAUUCAUAUCUAUCAGUCACUUUAUAUCUAUCUAUCUAUCUGUCUAUCUAUCUAUCUAUCUAUCUAUCUAUCUAUUAGUCAAUUCAUUAUCUAUCUAUCUAUCUAUCUAUCUAUCUAUCUAUCUGUCAAUUCAUUAUCUAUCUAUCUAUCAGACAGUUUUUAUUUAUUUAUCGAAUUGCUUAAAUUUUUGUCCGACAUUUUUAGUUAGACAACAUAAGAGAGGCAAUAUUUUAACUUCAAAAACUUCAUUUCAAAAUAGUGAAUGA